AUGGUGAUAGUACCAAAGGGAAAAGAUGAUGUCAGAAUAUGCAUCAACAUGAAGCACCCGAACGGAGCUAUUCAGCGUGAGCACUACCCAUUACCUGUCAUCGAUACGUUCUUGAUCAAGCUAAGGGGAUCGAAGUUCUAUUCACGAUUGGACAUCACUUCGGCGUAUCACCACGUCGAGCUCCAUCCUGAAUCUCGUGGGGUCACUACAUUCAUGACAGCAGGCGGUUUAAUGCGGUUCAAACGCCUGAUGUUCGGGAUUAACUGCGCACCUGAGAUUUUCCAAAGAAUUAUAACGGAAAUGCUGGUGGGAGUAGAUGGCGUAAUAGUUUAUAUCGACGACAUCGUCGUAUCAGGACGAACCAAGGCAGAGCAUGACAGACGGCUGAAACAAGUAAUUGCUAUUCUAGAGCGCAACAAUGCUUUACUGAACAAGAGCAAGUGCAUUUUCGGGGUCACAGAGCUCGAAAUUUUAGGAUUCAAGGUUAGCGAAUAUGGCAUUAGUCCAUCUGAAAAAAAAAUUGCAGCUGUUAAAAAUUUCCGCUUGCCGUCGUCUAGAGAAGAAGUUCGUAGUUUUCUCGGACUUGUAAAUUUCGUGGGACAGUUUAUCCCCAAUCUGUCAACGAGAACCGAGCCUUUGCGUAAAUUUAUCCGUGGAGACGUCGGGUUAUUCGGUGAAGAUCAAAAACGAGCUUUUGACGAUUUGAGGCUCGAGUUAUCCAACAACGUACGCAAGUUGGGAUUUUUCGAUCCGAAUGAUACCACCGAGUUGUAUGUGGAUGCCUCAUCGGUUGGUCUAGGGGCAGUCUUGGCACAAAGAGAUAGACAUAAUACGCCACGUAUUAUUAGUUUCGCGUCAAAAGGGUUAACAAGUACGGAAAGACUGUAUCCGCAAACGCAACGGGAAGCAUUGGCAGUGGUAUGGGCAGUCGAGAAAUUUUAUCUGCACCUAUUCGGGCUGCAUUUCACUAUCUUCACAGACCAUAAAACCUUGGAGUACAUAUACGGAGGAAAACAUCAAAAUGGAAGGCGUGCCUGUUCAAGAGCUGAGGGUUGGGCUCUACGACUGCAGCCGUUUACUUUCGAGAUAAAGCAUACCCCAGGAUCUACGAAUAUCUCCGAUGUACUCUCUCGUCUGGUAGCUAAACCUGAUAAACCAUUCGAUGAUCACGCGGGGCACUUCCUGCUUGCCAUAGAACAUGAGCCCUUUGCUAUCACCUUGAGCGAAAUCAAAGAAGUAACUGCUACUGACAAGACCCUGUUGUCAGUUAUGAAAUGUCUGGAGACUCAAGACUGGCCACCUGAACUAUACCGCUACCAAGCUUUUAAAAGGGAAAUUGGAGUAGUCGAAGGUAUAGUGAUAAGGGACGAUGGAAUUGUUCUUCCGUGCAAGUUACGACAGAGAGCCUUAUACAUUGCUCAUAGAGGUCAUCCAGGGGUGGUAGCCAUAAGGAGAAAUCUGAGAGAGAAAAUGUGGUGGCCGUGUAUGGACCGGGACGUUGCUGAUACUGUGGAGGAAUGUGCUGGAUGCGCCGCCGUUAGUGAACAAAAUCCUCCAGAACCAUUAAUUCGUAAAGAAAUGCCGGAACGAGCAUGGCAGCAGAUCGGAAUAGACUUCUUUUCAGCCAAAGAAUGUGCAACGUUCCUAGUGGUGGUUGACUACUACAGUCGAUUUCUAAAGGUAGUCGAAAAGAAGGGCACGAAUGCUAGCAAGACGAUUGCGGCAUUAGAAAAUAUUUUUCAUGAGCAGACGUAUCCUGAAACCAUUCGGAGCGACAAUGGCCCACCAUUUGGUAGUGAGGAGUUUUCUGACUACUGUAACAGCAUGAACAUUAGAUUGGUGCGUACUAUCCCCUACUGGCCGCAAAUGAACGGUCUUGUAGAGAGGCAGAAUCAGGGAAUACUACGUACAUUACGUAUAGCAAAGGCAACAAAUAGUGAUUGGAGGAAAGCACUACAAAACUACAUCUACAUGUACAAUACAACGCCGCACUCGGUUACUGAAAAAGCGCCAAUGGAGUUGUUAACUGGCCGCCCGGUGAAGGAUCUCUUGCCAUCUCUACGAACCGAUCCUCAUUGGCUUCGAGAUGCCGAUACACGUGAAAAGGACGCAAUGAAAAAGAUGCAAGGGAAGCUCUACGCAGACAAGCGUAGACAUGCAACACCCUCUGACAUCAAGGAAGGCGAUAUGGUUAUGCUGCGUAACUACGAGACGGAUAAACUAGAACCAAAAUUCCGUCUAGAGAAGUUUAAGGUCAUAAAGAAAACCGGGAAUGAUACUAUUGUCGCUAAUGAAGAGGGUGUAAUGUAUCGUCGAUCCAUCACACAUUUGCGUAAGUACCCAUCGUCAGAAGAGGAAAUUUCAGACUCACUUACAAACCACCAACAGCCUGAAGCAUCAGCACCAGCAACACAAAUGCAGAAAGCAAAAAACAAACGGGAAAUUGGAGACGAGAAAGCAACUGACGGAGACGAACCCCCGGUAAAACGUCCGUCGAGGGACAAAAAGAUCCCUUCGCGAUAUUGGGAAUGA